GAAGAAGAAGAAGAAGAAGAAGAAGAAGAACAACAAGGAAACGGGACGUAAACGAUAGCGGUGAUUUGUUUCUGCAAUGGGGUCUGUAAACACUACUAGAAGGAAAAAGAACUGUAGUCAACAACUACCUGUCCACACAGGUACGAUGAUGAACCGCUGUGGUCUGCUAACUCUCCAGAGGGAACCAGUUCCUCUGAAAAGCAUUGAGGUGGAGCUGGAGGUGAGGGACCAUGUGGCUACAGUGGUCUCCACUCUGAACUACGAGAACAAGGAGGACAAACCAUUAGAGGCUGUUUUUGUCUUCCCUCUGCCUGGAGAUGCUGCUGUCUGUCAUUUCAGUGCUCAGAUUGGACAGACACAGAUUGUAGCUGAGGUGAAGGAGAAACAGGAGGCUCGUGAGGAGUAUGAUGAUGCUCUGAGCUCCGGUCAGCAGGCCUUCCUAUUGGAGGAGAGUGAUGAGAGUCCAGAUAUAUUCUCUCUGAGUGUGGGCAGUCUGCCUCCAGGAGAGAGCGCCUCCAUCAGGUUGGAGUACGUCACUGAGCUGGCUGUGCAGGCUGAUGAUGGUCUGAGGUUCUGUCUGCCUGCUGUGCUCAACCCUCGAUACCAACCUCAGGGUAGUGAAGGUGCAGGUGUCCAGGUGACUUCUGUUCCAGCCUCUCUGGUGCCCUACAGUCUGUCUUUUUCUGCCCGAGUGUCCUCUCCUCGUCCAGUCUCUAAAGUAGAGUCCAACUGUUCCCUGGACCCUCUGCAGUACCUCAACACUGAUCAAACCCAGGCCACGGUCAAGCUGGCUGCAGGACACAAGUUUGACAGAGAUGUUGAACUGCUGAUUUAUUACAAAGACGCCCACCAGCCCACUGCUGUGGUGGAGGCAGGACAGGCCUCUGCUGAGCCGGGCUCUCUGAUGGGUGAUCCAGUGGUGAUGGUGAGUCUGUACCCUGAGUUCCCCCAGUCUGUGAUGUCUUCAAUGGCUUCAUGUGGAGAUUUUGUGUUGUUAAUGGAUCGAUCUGGAAGUAUGAGUAAUACUCGCAUCCGCAGUGCCAAGGAUACUCUGCUGCUCCUGUUGAAGAGUUUACCAAUGGGCUGCUAUUUCAACAUUUACAGUUUUGGGUCCAGAUAUGAACACAUCUUCCCUAAGAGUGUGGAGUACAGCCAGCAGACCAUGGAGGAGGCUCUGAAGAAAGUUGAGCAGAUGGAGGCUGAUCUUGGAGGAACAGAGAUCCUGGAGCCUCUCAAACAUAUUUACAGCCAGCCCUGCAUUCAAAAUCAGCCCAGACAGCUGUUUGUCUUUACUGAUGGAGAGGUGGGGAACACCAAAGAAGUGAUCGAUCUGGUGAAGAAGAAUUCAGGUUCUCACAGGUGUUUCUCUUUUGGGAUUGGGGAAGGGGCCAGCUCUGCUCUCAUCAAUGGGAUGGCCAAGGAAGGAGGAGGUCACGCUCAGUUCAUCACGGGGACUGACAGGAUGCAACCAAAAGUGAUGCAGUCGCUGCGAUUUGCUCUGCAGCCAGCUGUGGUCGACAUCUCAGUCACAUGGGAUUUACCAAAGGAAGUGUCUGUCACUGUCCUCUCUCCACCAAUCACAGCACUUUUCCAGGGUCAGAGGUCACUGAUUUAUGCCCAGCUCACUGGACAGAGCUCAGAGGCAGCAGAGGGCUGUGUGACUCUGAAGUACAGCCUGGCAGGUCAUCCCUCUGAGAACCAGCUGCACUUCAGUCUCAGACCUGCAGAGGACACUGGACUAACAGUCCACAGGUUGGGUGCUCGCAAUCUGAUUCGUUCCCUGGAGAUGGAGGAGAGAGAUCGUAGAGGACAGCAAGAUGGAGGAGUGAAGGAGAAGGUGGUGCAGCUCAGUGUCCAAUCAGGAGUGAGCAGUUCGUUCACUGCCUUUAUUGCUGUCAACAAAGACAACAGCGAAGUGAUUCAAGGACCUCUUGUGCGCAGAAAUAUUCCAACACCCUGUACUUUCCCAAUUUUAAAGAGUUCAGGACGACAUACGAGUGCUUUCCGAAAUUUUCAGGGCAGGUCAGGACGACAUCCGAGUCCUAAGUGUGCUAGAGAAAUGUGUGCCUCCCCGGUGAUGUAUGAGGAAACUGAAACAGUGUGUGCCUCCGCGGUGAUGUAUGAGGAAAUUGAAACCGAUGGAUUCCCGAUGAUGGAAGAAGAAAACCAGUCAAGAAAAUCUGCUGUGCCUGAGCAGCCACCCAGAGACCCUUUGCUGCAGUUAGUCUCCCUGCAGGAGGCGUCUGGCUGCUGGCUGCUUGAUGCAGCUCUGGCUGCUGCACUGGGAAAGACCAACGAGGAGGUGGAAAAGUCAAAGCCUGAAAAGGCCAGCAGUGAAGUGUGGGCCACCAUUCUGGCUCUGAUCUGGCUUCAUGGUUUCAAGAUGGAUGCAAAGGACGAGUGGGAGCUUCUGGCUAUGAAGGCUGCCUCAUGGCUCCGUGCUCAGAAUGCACCGUGUGUGUCAGAGUGUGUGGAUGCUGGAAAUGUCCUGCUGGGUUGCAGCGUGAAGAAAGAAGCUCUGGGACUCUGAGGGUUUUCUUCAAGUAGCUUCAUCUUCAGAGUGAACAGAAGCAGGUCUACUUACUCCACACUGCCUUUGAUACAGAGCUGUUUUAUAUCAUCAACCCCUUUUACAUGUUUAUUUGUUAUGAAUCAUGUACCUAAUUUUGGUUUUACCAUUGUGGAAAAAAAGUGUGUGCGCAAUUGUCUGAAUACUCCUAACACAGUAAAAGACUGAACCACUGCUGUGGCAGCUCAUUCAAGAAAGUGUUUUAAUUCCCUUUCUCUGCCACUAGAUGGCGAUUAUGCUCAUACUUUUACUUCUUUCACACAGAAACACCAAAACCAAUCUAAGAAGUCUUUUCCCUUCCUGUUAUAGUUCUGAAAAUGGCUUCAGUUCAGGACAUUUUCAAGACGGUCCUCAGUGAAUUGGAGUGAAUAGAGCUAAACUUUGAAAAUAACUAUUUACAGUGUUUACACCAUCUUCUAAACAAAAAAGUCUAUCCUAGCUUUUAUUUUUUAAAAAGUCAUAUUUUUAUGGCCAAAUUGAAAUGAAACUAUACAGAACGUCAUUCUGUUUCUCUCGCAGGAGUUACAAUUUUAUCCAUAAAACACUUUCAUUCUGCUAAUUGACACUGAUUGGUCCUUGAACGUCUUAAGACAGCACAUAGUCUUCAUUCAUGUUUGCUUACUUAUGAUUAUUUUUGAAUUUUCAAAAGUGCCUGUUUUGUAAUGAGUUUCCAAAUAAUACUUAGCAUAAAAAGUUAUGACAUUUAUGUUUGGUCUGUUAUUUCUUUGUUGUAACAAUGUUUCUUGGCAAUAAAUUGUAUAUUAUUGGAAAGUC